AUGUCUUACGCGUAUUUAUUCAAGUACAUCAUCAUCGGCGAUACUGGAGUUGGAAAAUCAUGUCUUCUUCUUCAGUUUACCGACAAGAGGUUCCAGCCAGUGCACGAUUUAACCAUUGGUGUUGAGUUCGGAGCCAGGAUGAUCACCAUCGACAACAAACCAAUCAAGCUCCAAAUUUGGGACACGGCGGGCCAAGAGUCUUUCAGAUCCAUUACACGGUCCUACUACAGAGGGGCUGCCGGUGCGUUGCUUGUGUAUGACAUCACCAGGAGGGAAACUUUUAAUCACUUGGCUAGCUGGUUAGAGGACGCGAGGCAACAUGCAAAUGCAAACAUGACAAUAAUGUUAAUUGGUAAUAAGUGUGAUCUUGCUCACAGACGGGCUGUGAGUACAGAGGAAGGGGAACAGUUUGCAAAGGAGCAUGGGCUGAUCUUUAUGGAGGCCUCUGCUAAAACUGCGCAGAAUGUUGAGGAGGCAUUUAUAAAAACUGCUGCAACCAUAUACAAGAAGAUUCAAGAUGGAGUUUUUGAUGUAUCAAAUGAGUCUUAUGGCAUAAAAGUUGGAUAUGGUGGAAUUCCGGGGCCAUCAGGAGGCAGAGAUGGCUCUUCCUCUCAAGCUGGAGGCUGUUGCAGUUGA